AUGGUGAUAAAUUAUCCCUAUGCUAACUUGCCGGCGCUCGGUGUCAUUCUCCUCGCCGUGACUUACUCGGCCGCCGUGGACCCAGUCGACCUCGCCGCCCUCCUCCAGAUCAGGAACUCCCUCACUGAGAUCCCCUCCGCCGCCCGCUUCUUCUCCACCUGGAACUUCUCCUCCGCCGCCGCCGACCCCUGCACUUCCUUCGCCGGCGUCACCUGCUCUCCCACCACCGGCCGCGUCUCCGUCCUCUCUCUCGGUACCGGCCUCUCCGGCUCCCCCGGCCUCGCGGGCACCCUCUCCCCCGCCGUCGCCCGCCUCUCCGGCCUCACCCAGCUCAUCCUCUUCGCCGGAAUCGUCACCGGCCCCAUCCCCACCCAGCUCGCCUCCCUCCGCGGCCUCCGGGUCGUCUCCCUCACCGGAAACCGCCUCACCGGCGAGAUCCCGGCCGGGAUCUUCCAACUCCCCAGCCUCCACACCCUUGACCUCAGCAGUAACCAGCUCUCCGGCGGCGUCCCGCCGUCGAUCCCCGCCGCGAGCAGCCUCAAGGUCCUCGUCCUCGCCUCCAACAUGCUCUCCGGCCAGAUCCCCCACCUCCUCCCCGACCAGCUCCUCCACCUCGACCUCAGCGUAAACGCCUUCUCCGGCGACCUCCCGCCGCGGCUCCCAGUUGCUCUCCGGUACAUCUCCCUUUCUAGAAACCGCCUCCGCGGUCCAAUCGACUGCCUGGACUCCCUCCCGGAGCUCGCCUACGUGGACCUCAGCGCGAACGAGUUCAGUGGGCCCGUCCCAGAGUCCCUCUUCCGGCCCGGCGUUUCCUCAAUUUUUCUCCAGAGGAACAACCUCACGGGGCGCGUGCCGCAAUCGCCGCCGUGGCCGUGCUCGACGGUGGACCUCAGCCACAAUUUCCUGUCGGGGGAGGUGAGCACCGCCUUGACGGGGGCGGAGGCGGUGUUCCUGAACAACAACAGGCUAAACGGCGUCGUUCCCAACGAGUACGCAGAGAGCGUGAUGAAAGGGGAAAUGAGGACGCUGUACCUGCAGCACAACUACUUGACGGGGUUUCCGAUGGACGUGGGGUCCACGCUGCCGGACGCGGCGGCGGUGUGCGCCGCGUACAACUGUAUGGCGGCGCCGCCGCUGGGGCUGACGGCCUGCCCGGCGAGCACCGGGGAGCAGCUGUCGAGGCCGGCGUACCAGUGCUCCGCGUUUCAUUAG